UUACUUCAAUUAAUUGUACGGUUAUCGUCUGCCAAAAAUGACCCAUGCAUUGAUCAUCUAUUUUGCGAUAUAUUUACAAUGGAUCUGAUUGAACAAGUAUCGAAAAUGAACGAGACAAGUAGUCAGAAAAAUAUAGAAGUUGAUUUUACUAGCCCAUAUAAUUCAAGUUUAAGUGGAUUAGAGUGUUUUGCAUUUGGAUACAAAGUCGAAUGGCCGGUCUCAAUCAUUCUUAAUCCAUGGUCUCUGUCACAAUACCAGAUGCUGUUUCGUUUGCUUUUCUAUUGCAAACAUGUAGAACGUCAAUUGUGCAAAGUUUGGAUCGAAAUGUGUGGAAUCAGCAAAGGUAUGUCAAAAGAGAAUAAGACACAAUGGCGCAUCGCAUUUGCUCUACGUCAACGUAUGUUUAAUGCAAUUCAGCAUUUGGAAAACUAUAUGCUGAUCGAGAUCAUCGAGCCGAAUUGGCAUGCUUUCACCGAGCGUAUGAAAAACGUACGAAAUAUAGACGAAGUUAUUAUUAUACAUCAGGAUUUUCUACACGUUUGCUUGCAAAAUUGUUGUCUCAAUCAUCUAAAUAUACUACGCCCAGUGAUUAGUAUGUGCGGCGUUUGUUUGAAUUUCGCAAAGUUCAUUCAAAGAGAUGCCGGUAUAAACGUUUCAAUACAAUGGCAAGAAAAUAUCAAAGAAUAUGGCAAGCAAUUCGAUACAUUUUUAUUUCAACUACUCAAUAGUAUCAAAGAAAUGACAUCAGACCAAUUAGGUGGAGCAAAACUCGUCAAUUUAGUGCAUGCAAUCAAUUUCAACAGUUAUUAUAACGAAAAUAUCGAAGAAAAUGGCGUGAAAAAUAAACCCGCGCAAAGUGAAUGAUAUCACAAAUUUGUUUUAAAUAUUUCCCCAUUCCAUUUUGUAAUAAUUUAAAACAUUCAUCAUUUCAUAAUUAAAGGAAUUUUAAAAUUUAGGAAAAACUUUUUUAUUUG